UGGUAGAGUACUGAAAAAGUAAGAGAGAUAGAGUGGUGGGCAAGCAUUUUUUUGUUCACCAUUGAGAGAGAAAUUGUGAAAAAAAUUUGCCCAUGGACAAAACUGAUUUGUUGAGAGAGAAAGUGGGUGGACAUUUUUUUUUGCUCACCAUUGAAAGUGGUCUUACAACUAUCGAAAAUGGACAACAAUUAAUGACACUUCCCUGCUUAUUUCAAAAAACUAUAAAAUUGUAACGUGAAAAAAAAAUUCGUAUGUCAAUUUUGUUGAAAGAGAAAGAAAUAACUAAAAGUAAAAGUCACCCGAAUUCACCCCAAAGAGCAUACUUCCAAAACACUUGACGCCCAUUGGCCUUGCUUUUGCAUAUUUGUACUAUUUUACUACAAUUAGCUAGCCCUAUCACAUUUGUGGAAACGAAUAACCCCAUCAAAAGAAGUUAACCUUAUCACCUAUAUUCUAUAAAAACCUUUCCCUCCAAUCCUCUAUAUAUCAUUUUAUUAUUUGAACUAACCCACUAAUAUCUAUCUUCAUUUUACUUAUGGAAAAAACACAAACACCCCCUAAGAAAAAGCCUUUCAACAACACCACCACCCAAAACCACCACUCAAACACCAAAAAAUGGGCUGAUCUUCCAAAAGACGUCCUCCAUCUCAUCGCUUACCAUCUUGAUUUUAAGACGGAUCUCCCCCGCAUUCGCAGUGUCUGCCCCUCAUGGAGAUCCGCCCUACCUCUAGCCGAUUUCCCCUUACGGGAAAUCCACUUAGAGGUCCCACCCCUCGAAUACAACAACAACAAAGCCUUAGUCCCACUCCUCGGAUAUGCUAUUAACACCAAUAAACCUAUUUAUCUUCUCAAGACUAGAUACUACCUAUUUUACCCUUUGCCCGGGAGUCCUUGUCGGGGCGGGUGGAUAGCUAGAAUGGGUGAGCUUGGUUUAAACAAAUGGCGACUUCUUAGCCCACUUAGUAGCGACUCCAAGUUUAAGAGGUACUUGUACACUGACCCACUCAUAGUUGGAGAAAUAAAUCUGUUGGAUUUUCGUGUUGUUGAGCUAGCUAGACCUAUGUCUUUGGUUUAUGAUUUGGAUUACAAUGCACAACCAAUAUCGAAGAAAGUCGUCCAAGGGGCACGGGCCGUGUUAGUGUUACUUGAUGAUGAGCUAGGAUUGAUGUUGUGGAGGUUCGGGGAUCAUCAAUGGGUUAAAAUUGAAGAUCAACAACAAGAUCAUUAUGUGAGGUUUAAAGAUAUUGAGUUUCACAAUGGUAAUUUUUAUGCCUUUCGGAUGACAUCGAUUUCUCAGUUUCAAGUGUGGGUGAUCAAUCCAGGUAAUCUCUCAAUAAUGAAGCAAGAAAUCGAUGUUCCGGGCAUUUUGCAACUAAAUGAAGGUAAAUAUAGUUGCAUGGAUGCAAACUUUGUACCAUCUAAAUCUAAUGGUUGCUUGCAUUUGACUAUCGAUGUCGAGGCGAGGGAGGGUAAAAUUUGUAGACAUAAGCUAGUUUUGAUGUUGAGGGAAGAAAAGGAUGAGAUGAAGAGUAAGUGGGAAAGGGUUGAAAACAUAGGAAAUAUGACAUUUUUCAUUGGAAGUAAUGUGUCAUUUGCUCUCCCACCUCCACCAAGAAGCUUAGCACUAUGGAAACCCAAUUCAAUUUACUCGUUUAAUACAAGCGGGACUGUUUGGUUAACCCGGAAUAAUAAUAUCAAGCUAGCGAGUUGGAAUCCACAUUGUAUGUCCGAGGGGUCAGAAUGUUUUCGUCGUAUGAUUUAUCAUACAUUUAAAGGUCAUUUCAAUUUGUUCAUUAUGGGCGAAAAUGAUGAUCUGGUUUAUCCGACGUAUAAUGAUUAUUUCAAUUUGUUCAUCAUGAACGAAUAUGAUAAGGGUGGCGACGAAAUGUCUUGUGAGAAGCGCCAGGAGUUGAGUACUAGACUCUUCUUUCCGCCACCUUCUUGGGUUAAGUGGCGUUGUCCUAGUCUUAACAAUAUUGAAAUUAGGCUCGAUGUCUAAGGGUUUUAUUAAUAUACCUUGAUGCAUUUGUUGAAUUAAUCUUCUCUUAUGCAUAUAUAUGUGUAUGAAGUUGCAAGUUCAGAUGUAAUUGGAAUGAUAUGAGUUCGUUGUCCUAGUCUUGUUAAUUUAUUGUUGGCUAUGAGUAUGACAUCCUUUUUUUGCUUUGGCCAACUAGAUGGAUU